AUGCCGGGCACCCUUGCCGUGGGGUGCUGCCCUUGGCUGUGUGCGGGUGCUCUGCAGAGGCUGGUGCAGCCCCCGGAGCGCAGCGCCCGGACCCUCGGCCGGUUGGGGUUUGGGGUGGGGGGAGCCGGUAACGGACCCACCGGGCGGACCCUGCGCUCUGCUGCCCCCCGGCGGCGGCGGGCGGCGCUGCGGCGGGACCCUCACACCCCGGGGGGACCCUCAUACCUCCGAGGAACCUUCACACCCAGGGACCUUCACACCCCCGGGGACCCUCACACACCCCCGGGGACCCUCACACCCAGGGGAUACCCUCACACCUCCGAGGGACCCUCACACUCCCAGGGACUUUCACACUCCCGGGGGACCCUCACACCCCCCGGGGAGCCGUCACACACCAGGCCCCCGAGCUGUCUGCACCCUGUGCGCCCCGCACCCCCGCCACGAGUGGGUGCCUGCCCAUGCAGGAGGAUGCCCGCUGGUGCCUGCCCCCCGCCAAGCUCGCGCCUGUCCCCUCUGUCCCCUCCGUCGGUUCCUGGACCCCCUCGUUGUGCUUUGCCUCUCCCCCACCUCCCCGAGUGCCUGCCUCGUCCCACCGCCCCCUCCCCGCACCAUCUCGCCUCCCCAAGCCGGGUCUGCAAGCGCCCGGAGCUGCUGCCGCCUUCAUCCUGCCCCGGGCUCGCCCCGCAGAGCAGCUCUGCCGCCUCCUUACCCUCCUCCUCCUCCGGCGGCACCUGA